GCCCCCGCGGUUUGCGCACCGCCGGAAGGUAGUUCCGGUUCCGGUGUGACAAUAUUCGUUCCCGGUGUUUAGUUGUCGGGGUUGGUGGGCAGUAACUGAGCCAACAUGCUUCGUAAUCUGCUGUCUCUUCGUCAGAUUGGCCAGAGGACCAUAAGUACUGCUUCACGCAGGCAGUUUGAAAAUAAAGUUUCAGAGAAACAAAAGCUUUUUCAGGAGGACAAUGGAAUUCCAGUACAUCUAAAGGGUGGGGUAGCUGAUGCCCUUCUGUAUAGAGCUACCAUGAUUCUUACAGUUGGUGGGACAGCAUAUGCCAUAUAUCAACUGGCUAUGGCUUCACUUCCCAAGAAGCAAGAUUGACUUCAGUUAUUCUUCCAGCCAUCAGCUGGUUGGUUCACUUUCAUUCAGCUCUCUAUGGACCAGUAUGCUGAUAAAUAACUGAAUUCUCUGGGGAUCAAUAUUUAUUGACUUGUACUAACUGCCACCAAUAAAGCAGUCUUUACCA